AUGAACGUGUCACCGCGGCCUAGGGGCUGUAGGAUUUUCGAGACCUCAGUGGUUACCUUACACGGGCUAGAACGUGCGCCGUCAAAAUACAAGCACAUCCACCGCUCCGACAACGUUGGCGGCGUCACGCAUGAGGGCAGGAAGAUGGUCGUGGAUAAGUUGUGCCUCACGUAUAUCAUCGACCUUCGCACUGCGAAGGAGAAAGACGACUCGCUUACGCGUUUGCCGUUGUCUUGUACUUUCCGAUCGCGAUUGAUAGUUGUUUCCUUACGGAUGAUGCGUUGAGGAAGCUGUUGAUGGGAGGGAGGGGGGUGGGGUCGUCUGCAGGUGUGCUACCUCGGCGAGUCGCAGCGGCCUUCCUUAUCGGCUUCAAGGAUGUCUACAAGAACUUCGAGGUCCCCCUCAGAGAAAGGGGCAGCCGGCCGUGUUCCGCUGCACCCUUAGGAGGGACCGCACCGGGGUGGUCGCAGCACUCCUCUUGACCGCCCUGAACGUGCCAGAAAAAAAAGGAAAACUGUGGAGGAUUUCAUGCCAGCAAAGCAGUGCUGCGUACCAUCACCGCGCGAAGCAGCCCACGUGGGCAAUUACACCGUCCCUCAAGAGAUGUAUGGCAUGGUGAAGGCAGACAUGGAGCAGGAAGUUGGGCUAGGUGCGAAGGGGCUUGAGAAGCUGCACGACGACUACGUCCGCUCGACCCCCUCAAUGCUCACGAGGGCGAAACUGUGCAACCACGACGACGGUAUCGGUCUUGCAUGCAAAUCCGUACGUUGCAAAGGGUCACCUUCAGCAGCGCCAAGGAGGGAGACGAUACGAGGAAACUUCCAACUUUUUGGGACUGUUUCGCACUGGAAUGCGUCUCCUUCUCCUGCAAAUGUUGGCGACUAUGGCGCAACUGGCUGCCUCGCAUGUUUCUCUAACGCUUGUGGAUGCGUUUAG